UACUUUAUAGGUAUGUCCAGUCCGUCGAGGCAAAUCAAAUGUGUGGUUGUCGGAGAUGGCACAGUUGGAAAAACAUGUAUGCUGAUUUCGUAUACAACUGACUCAUUCCCUGUGCAGUACGUUCCCACUGUUUUUGACAACUACUCUGCUCAAAUGACAUUGGAUAAUCAUACCGUUAACCUCGGUUUAUGGGAUACUGCAGGGCAGGAAGACUAUGAUCGCCUUAGGCCAUUGAGCUAUCCACAAACAGACGUCUUCGUGCUCUGCUUUAGUAUUGUUUCACCUGUUUCUUUCGACAAUGUUGCCACUAAAUGGAUACCGGAAAUACGCCAGCACUGCCCUGAUGCACCUAUAUUGCUCGUUGGCACGAAACUCGACUUGCGAGACGAAAUGAGUCCUCGCACCGAUGGCACAGAGGAACGUCCGCCAAUAACAAAAAGUCAAGGACAAAAAUGUGCUCAAAAAAUUAAAGCAAUCAAGUACUUGGAGUGUUCGGCUCUAACACAACAAGGAUUGAAGCAAGUAUGUGCCUUUGGUAUUAUUUCCUAUAAUGUUCUACAACUUUUUUAUCUACGAUAA